UCAACAAGGACAAUAUUUCUGGAUCCUCUCCUGGAAAAUAAAAAGGGCCAAGCUUAUUAUUGAUAUAGAGCUGCAGCCAAUGGUUCAAAGUAAGUGCAUCAAAAUGCCAUCCUUCUUAGUGUCGUCAGACACGUGUAGGUCGAGGGCUAAACGAUACGCUGAAACCAUGGCCUUCAUUGCGACUCUUGGGCAUCCCUACAUGCCGGAUUCACUAUCCAUGAAACACACACUUCAUGCUUUGAUGAUGACUGACUUCAUGGGGGAAAUAUCGCGUAUGCGGCUGAAGUAUGCUACAUGUGCUGCUACUAUCCGUCAUGAAGAAGAGAAGAUGAUGCUGGAACGGUUAACCUCCGCUCCACACGAGCCCAACCGAGGAGAAUGAGCGGUUCAACGGUGUGAUAAUACACGCUGAAGAAGUUAUAGUGGUAGUGUUAAGUGUUGUGUUAAACUGAUAGAAUAUC